AUGGCGGCCUAUCCCGAGAGCUGCGUGGACGCCACUGURCUGGACUUCGUCGCAGACCUGUCCCUGGCCUCCCCGAGACACCCUCUCCUUUGCGACUUUUCGCCCGGCGUCCCCUUUGGGGACCCGGCACUUGAGCUCCGAGAGGGAAGGCCCAGGAGGCUGGCGCAGUUUGAGGAGGGGACCCCGGAAGAAGAGGAUUGCGAAGUAGAUGAAGGGGAUGGGGACGAAGAGGAGGAGGAAGAGGAGGGACGCGGGAGAGGACCCUCGGUACUAGGCCGACCCAAGAGGAAAAGGGUGAUCACCUAUGCCCAGCGCCAGGCCGCCAACAUCCGCGAGAGAAAGCGGAUGUUCAACCUCAACGAAGCCUUUGACCAGCUGCGGAGGAAGGUGCCCACUUUUGCCUACGAGAAGAGGCUGUCUCGGAUCGAGACCCUACGCCUGGCCAUCGUCUACAUCUCCUUCAUGACUGAGCUCUUGGAGAGCUGCGAGAAGAAGGAAACCGGCUGA